AUGCCUGCUCAUCACGUAGACUUGCCAUUUGUGUUUAUAGCUCCGAAACGUGUCCGGACAACUUCUCACAUCAAAAUAGCCCAAAAAGUCUUUUUCAUCACUUAUCCGGAAAGACCUAAUAAUACCCCUUCUAAGCUUGGAAUACAUUCGUCGCCUCCAUCGCCCCCAUUCGAUCUUCCCCCUUUCACGACUGCAUUUUCUCACACCUACGAUCUAUCCAUAGCAGCCAAUUCCUCCAUCGGACGUUGGUCUCGCUCUACUCCGCCAUUCCACGCCGCCAUCGUCCCCGCCAUCGGCUCAUCAGGUAUUCCAGCUCCUCUUUAUCCUUCUGUUUUUGGCUGUUCUUGGCUCUUCUUUUAUGUGGCUCUUUUGUCUCAUGUCUCGGCUCAUCAGUGCUCGACUCCUAGUGAUAAAGCUCAUGGUGGUUCUACCGAGAGGCCUGAUAAAAGGAUUAAAACCACUGAUGCUUCUAAUGAAAGGCCUGAUAAAAGGAGUAAAACCACUAAUGCUUCUAUUGAGAGGCCCGAUAAAAGGGCUAAAACCAGUGAUGCUUCUACUGAUAGGACCGAUAGGACCGAUAUGGAUAAAGCCUCUAAAACCUCUGUUAGUCUUGAUAAGCUGAGUCUUGAUAUGCAAAAAGCUCUGCAACAUAUGGUAAAUAGCAAAGAAGGACCAACAGUAGAAGAAUUUUAUGAGAGGUUGAAGCUAGUUGAAUUAGACCCAAUGGAUCCUAUAUUUUUGGCAGCCUUUCACCUUUUUGGAAUGUCCAUGAAUAUGAGAGAGGCAUGGAUGACAUUGCCACCGAUACCUGGGGUCUUAAAAGGGUGGAUAAAGAUGACUGGCACCACAUUAGGGAUGUUUAAGUAG